AUGGCACAAUUCAACUCAACCUGGGCCAUUUCUGGCCGCCGCAGCGCCAUCAGCGUAGAUACUUUCCAUGCAUUAUCGAUUCAAGCCCCCGGGCUCCUUCUUGGAACAUUACUUUUCUAUCUCUUCUACAAGUACACCACACGGAUCUACUUCCACCCGCUGAGCGGCAUUCCCGGUCCCCGUCUGGCGGCGGCGACUCAUCUGUACGAAGCCUACUAUAACAUUCUGAGGCAAGGAUUGUCCAAGCGUGCCGUUCAAUUGCACAAAGCAUACAACUCCCCCGUCAUCCGGCUUGGGACCAAUCGUGUCCACGUGGGUGAUCCCAGUUACUACCAUACGAUCUACAACUCUGGCACGGACUAUCACAAAGACCCCGGAGUCUACAAGUUGCUCGGCAUCGAUGGAUCGAUCCUUACCAUCACCGAUCCCGAGGAGCACAAACAGUACCGCAGCAUCGUCGGUUCCUUGUUCUCCAGGAAAACGGCCGAUGACCUUGCCCCGAUGAUGGCGGCAUUGUUGAACAGAUCGACCGAGUCAAUGGCGCGCCAGGGGAGAGAGGGCAAACCCUCCGUCAUCCAACGCAUCUACCGGUCAGUCGCGGCAGAUAUGGUGUCGUAUCUGCUGUUUAAUCGGCCGCUGGGUUUGAUCGACUCACCCCAGGAGGCGGAUCAUUACCACUCGUUCAUGCUGAGUAUUGACCGAUUUACUGCUAUCACCUGGCCGAGAUUCUACUACCCGAUUUUGAACUGGGUUAUUGAUUCCUUUCCUGCCUUUGUGGUGGAGAGGCUUCAACCGGGCCUGAGAAACUUACAGGAGCUAUUCAAAGGGUGGCUAGACGAGAGCAUCGCCGCACAUGAUGCGGGAAAGCCCGUCGAAAGUCGCAGCACCUACUUCGACCUGAUGAUCGAAGCAAAACGCAAGACCGGCGAGCCUCUGCGCCCGGACCAACUCUUUGACGAUAUCUUGAAUUAUCUCGUGGCCGGCAUGGAGGCGACCAGCUAUGUGCUCUCCUUCGGGACAUAUUUCCUGCUCAACAGCCCCGAGGCGAAGGCGAAGCUGGAGGCGGAGCUGCUGGAGGCUAGCCCCUUCAUUCGAGAGAAAUUCGACCAUCGCAGGAUUAUGGCGUUGCCUUAUCUGACGGCAGUGGUCAAGGAGUGUCUGCGGUUGAGUAAUACCGUGCCGGGCUUCCUUCCUAGGGUUGUGCCAAAGGGUGGAGUGGAUAUCGGCGGCUACCACAUUCCGGGUGGUACUCAAAUAUCGAUGAUCCAUCCCGUCGUCGAACUGAACGAGGAGAUUUUCCCGAACCCGCACGAAUUCAUCCCAGAGCGCUGGCUCGGCGACAACGGCCAGGAUCUGGAGAAGUGGGCUAUCGCAUUCAGCAAGGGGCGCAGGCAAUGCAUCGGCAAGAAUUUGGCUUAUAUGAUGCUGUAUGCGUCCAUCGCCGUGGUGUUUUCGCGACUUGAGAUGGAGUUGUACGAGACGACAGCAGCGGAUAUGGAGAUCAUUGACCAGUUCGCGCCAAUCAUCCAGGGCGUGGUCAAGGUGAAGAUCACCAAGGAUCGGUGGAGAGAAUGA